CACGUCAGCCACAGUGCCACGUCAGCAUGACGGGUCCAGCAAUGGGCCUGCCAGGCCAACUGGCCAACGAGUCCAUCGCCGACUACAAACAGCGUUUCCAGGCUCAGCUCGCUUUCAUCGAGGCUGAGGAACAACGCCAGCUGGCAGCCGAGGCUGCCCGCCUACAGGCUGAAGCAGCGGCAACAGCAGAGAAGCUGCGGCUACAGGCCGAAGCAGACGCAGAUGCCCAGGCUCGUCGCAAGGAAGCCCAGGAUCUGCUGCAGCGACAUGAAGCCAACAGCAUCGAGAGACUCAAGUUCUGGCACUUUGAACCGAACGGCGACGACGCAACACCGGAAGAGCAGCAUAAGGAGUUCCUCUCCAAACUCCACCAGGAGUUGGCGAACCUCCGCCGGAUAGUGCAGAGCCACGAGGAUGCAACACGGGCACUCAAUUCCCGUGUAUUGGACCUGGAACAGGCUGUACCAGGACCAGAUGUUGGGGCUUCCAGCAGUGCACCCUCUAGCCGCCAACUGGAGGAACGCGUUGACCACGUAGUGGCAAUGCUCGGCGACAUCAGCGCCUUCGCGGCGCCAACCACCAUUAGCAGCCAGCUGGACAUGUUGAAGACCGAGGUCCAGCAACUGCAGUCGAUGAACUCGGAUGGCAAUCCAAAGCUGUACAAGAUGCCAACUUUCCAACUGGAGAAGUUCGAUGACUACACACAUCAGGAUCCGGUCCUCUGGUGGGAAGCGUUCACGACGCAACUUCGGAUUCUGCCUGUCGCCAAGCAUGCGUACAUCGGCGCCUUGUUUCUUAACUCAAAGGGGGCAUGCCAGACCUGGUUGACCCACCUGGCAGCCACCCACGGCGUCGACGUCGCAGAUCUCAAAGACAAGAUCACAUGUGAAGAAUUGACACGGCUGUGGAAGAAGCGGUUCAUCGUUGACGAUGCACCAGCACUCGCCAUCAACCAUCUCUUCACCAUGUCUCAUGGCAACACAGCAACACGUGACUGGCUCACGGAAUGGCAGAAGAUUGCGGCCGUGCCCGAUCCGGACUUACCAUUCACGCAUCUACGCCGUGAGUUCUACAACAGGUCAUGCGGUGCACUGAGCCAGACACUUGGUGAUCGCGAGCAGUAUACCACUUUCGCCGAGAUCAUUCACAAGGCAAGAGAGAUCAUCAAGACCAACAGGGCAGCUACACACGAUAAGUCAAUGUGGCAGCCGACCUAUGUGGAGAAGGUAAAGACUGGUCCGCGACCGCAGCACUUCACUGCAGUCCAAUCGGACAGUGGAGAAGACCCAGCAGCCACUCCAGCAUCACGUGACGGAGAUUAGGUGGCUGCUGUCCAGCCGCGAAGCAACAACAAGUACCGGAACAAUAGGAAGGCGAAACCAG